AUGGAAGGGCCUUGGCAGUGCGAGCGGCGGGUGGUGGGCCUGGAGAACAGCGGGAACACGUGCUACUGCAACGCCGUGCUGCAGGUCUUGUUCUCCGCGCGGCAGUUCUGUCUCUGGUUUCUCCACAACGCCGCAAACCGGCGGUUUUCCGCGGAAGUUCGUUCGCGCUUUCGGGGGCGACUUUGCGCAGCGUGGGUGCAGCUGCUGCGUCAGGUGUAUGGGCAGCUCCCGGCUGCGCGCGCCGCGCCGCGCCUCAACUGCAGUUCACUUUUGAGCAUUCUGCGUUCUGAGCACCCCGAGUUCGCGAUUAACCGUCAAAACGACGCGCACGAGUUCUUAAGAACCUUUUUAGACGGGCUUUCCGCGGAUUGCAACCGAAUUCGCCGCCCGGCCCGCAGAGUUCAACUUGAAGACCGCCCCGGCGAGCUGCUGCAGCGCGGCAGCGACCGCUUCUGGAAAGCCAGCCUUGCUGAUGAACAGUCUGUUAUUACGGACUUAUUUGCCGGCCAACAUGCAACAAUUAUAACUUGCAAAACUUGCAAAAAAGUCCGCCACCGCUUCGACAACUUCCUCGACUUGCCCGUCGAGUUCAGCCAGCAGGAGGCCCGCGGCGCAGAAACCCUCGACAAGAUGCUCGGCAAGUCCUACUCCAGCCAGGGAGAGCAGCGGGAGCUGGACUGUCCGUUUUGCAAGUCGCGGCAAGAAGCAGAAGUGCAGCAAAUUCUUUAUCGGCUGCCUUGCGAAUAUUUGGGUUUAGACCACUGCGAGAAUAGUGACUGCGAAGGCCUCCAGGUGGCGCUUCACGAGGGGCAGUUUGGAAGACAGCGCAGCCAAACGUGGCGCGGGUUUGUGAGUUUCUUCACGUGGAUGGUGUUGACUUGCAACAUGGUUCCGAUAUCAUUGGUGGUUCAAAUGGGAAUGGUGAAAGCUCUUCAAGCUUUUUUUAUUUUCAAAGACAAAGACAUGAGCAGCAACUCAGCAGCAUUUCAAAAAGAAACCAAGAUCUAUCUUCCGAGUCCUGCUGCUGCUGCUGCUGCUCCUGCAGCAGCAGCAGCAGCAGCAGCAGCAGCAGGAACGGCGCAGGGGGAUCUGGCGAGGCUCAGGGGCAACUCGUCCAAGAGCCUUUGCUCCUUCCCUCCCGCCCCUCCUGCUGCUGCUGCGCCUGCUGCUGCUGCUGCAGCAGCAGCAGCAGCAGCAGCAGCAGCAGCUAAACCCAGACAGGGCGCGUGGCCCCGCACCAGCGAUUUAAAUGAAGAACUUGGACAAGUUAAAUAUCUUUUUUCGGACAAGACGGGGACUUUGACCCAAAACUUCAUGGAAUUCAGAAAGUGCUGCAUCAAAGGGUUUUGCUACGGAAAGGGUUUGACGGACAUCAAGCGGCAGGUGCUUCACCGUCUGGGAAAGCCGGUGCCUCCCGAUCCUCCCCCACCUCCGGGCGAGCCCCAAACCCCGCACGUGCGCAUAUCUGAUGCGGCUUUGAGGGCUCAUCUCUCAAACCCUAAUCAUCCUCUCCAUUCUCACAUUGUUCUUUUCUUUUUCCACUUGGCUGUCAACCACUCCGCCAUUUGCGAAACCACCGACGACGGAGGCACCAUCUACGGGGCCAGCAGCCCCGACGAGGGGGCUUUGGUGUACGCAGCUCACCACUUUGGGGUUUCUUUUUUGGGGCGGCAGUCUGAGGGAGGACAGCAGCAGCUCUCCUGCUGCUGCAGCAGCCAGCAGCAGCAGCAGCAACAGCAGCAGCAGCAGCAGCAGCAGCAGCAACGGCGGCAGCAACGGCGGAGGCCCCAACGGCUUGAAAGGAAAAAUCAUUCUUCUCACCAAGGGAGCAGACACUGUUAUUUUGCCCCUCCUGAAACAAGUGGGCCCUGUGGAAGCAGCAGCAGCAACGGCGGCAGCAACGGCGGAGGCCCCAACGGCUUGAAAGGAAAAAUCAUUCUUCUCACCAAGGGAGCAGACACUGUUAUUUUGCCCCUCCUGAAACAAGUGGGAACUGUGGAGGAGCGCAUGGUGUCUGCAGUAGAAUUCAGGGUGGGCCCUGUGGAGGAGCGAAUGGUGUCUGCAAUGGGAAUUAGGGGCCUUGCUGCGCGCAUAUCGGGAGCAGCAGAAAGGACAGAAGCUGUGCUGCAGGCAGCAGCAGCAACAGCAAGAGACACGGAGGCUCUUGCUGCUAAGCACAACCAAAUGAAGGCAGCGGUCAGUGGGCCUGCUGCUGCUGCUGCUGCUGUUGCUGCUGCUGCUGCUGCUGCUGUUGCGAACGCCGUGCUGCUGCAGCUGCUGCUCUUUGUGCUGCAGCUGGGGCGAAUUAAGAAAAGACAUGCAGUGCUCGGCCACAGCCUCAUAAGGGCUUUAGGGCUUGUUGAAGGGUUGGCUGUCAGCCGCGGCGUCUGUGAAAGGAAUCCACGGUGUGAAGCAGCAAACGAGCAGCUGCUAGCUCAAAUCCAGGAGGAGUUUCAGUGGGCGGACUGGCAGCAGCGGAUUGACGGGCUGCGCGUGUGGCUGUCGAGCCUGCAGCAGCAGAAGCCGGAGGCCUGCAGCAGCAGCAGCAGCAGCAGCAGCAGCGAGCAGCAGCAGCCCGCGGUGGCCCCCGCGCUGCUGCGGCUGCUCACUGUCCAGGCAGAGACAAUGCAGCAGCUGCUGCAGUCUCUUGCCAACACAGAAGCAGCAGUUUCCCGUCUCCAGGCUUCUGCCCUCGCAGCUCGUUCCCGCGCAAAGUGA